AUGGUUGAGAGCAUAAUAUACGAGGAUACUCCCUUUGCUGAAUAUCUUGCUGAAAUUGGCCGAGAAGAGGAAUUGGUAAAACAACCAGAGCCAAUAGAAAUGACAAGAGAGGAUUCGCAGAACAAUAAAGUCACAGUAUCUUUAUUCCAAAAAUUUAAAUACGAUUUAACUGAAUAUUUAAGAGAAAAUUUGUCAACGGGAUUACCUUUACAAGAAGAAAAUGACUUUGAGGAGCUUUUCAAAUAUUUAUUAUGUACUUCGCAUCUUUUAAAUGAUACAUUGUCAAUUUAUUUUUACAAUGCAAAGAAACCUCCUUUGUUAGAAAUAAGAGAUUUUGAAUUAUAUUUUUGUGGAUUUUCAAAGAAUAGUUUUGAAAUUAUAUUUAGUUCUAUAAUAGGUUUAAUGAGCAUCCUUACAACAUGGUUAUUAUUAUUUAAUGUUAAUCAAGAAGAUUUCAUAACAAAAAUGAUUCAAUUGAGUAUACCAUUUGCAUUGAUCUCUUUUGUAUCAUAUCGUUAUUUGCGAAGAAAAACCAUGAGAACAUUACACAAAUUAGCAUUAUAUUAUAUAGAGGUUCUUGUGUAUCAUUGUCAAACUUUAGAUCUCAAAAUUAAUAAAGCGUUGAUUAUGAUUCAAGAGAUUGAAUUAAUAUCUCGUGGCUAUAGAUUGUCAAUGCCACUUUCACCCAUAUCUCGUAUUGAACAACAUUCUAAAAAUCGCCGUUGUUUAGUGCUUAGAGAAACUUUAUACAAUAUACUUAAAGAAGCACUUGACAAAAAUUUAAAACAAUGUUUUCAAAAAAUGCAUUCAAAAAGAAGAGAAUGUCUGUGUCAUUUACUUGCUUUAGAUGUGAUGACAACUGGUAGAGAUUCUAAUAGAAGAGACUAUGAGGGCCAUUGGGUAACUGUCAAUACUUAUUUAAAUAAUUUGGGAACAGUUAUUGAACAAUAUUUGAACAAAAUCACUCUUGCCUCAACAAAUGAACAAUCAUCUCCAAAACAAGAUAUGCCACAACCAAGUCCAACAAUUAUCAAUAACAAGAAAUUAAAAUCUUAUAUUCAGCAUUUAGCAUCAGUAGAGCAGCAUAUUCGUGCUGUUCAAGCAAAAUUAUAUAUUUGUAAUGAAGAUGCACGUAAAAAUUUUGACAUUGAAGGUACUGCCAAAGAGGAUGAGAAAAAUAAACUAUUAAACAAUUAUGAAUCUAUAAAUAAAGAUUUCACUUACAUGUUUCAGGAAUGGGAAGAAGGAAUGAAGGCUUUAAAAGAAGUAAUUGGAUUGACACCAUCAGAUGCUGAUUCUUCUUCUAAUCAGCUUUCACUUGAUGAAGAUGCUGAAACUUUAAGGGAUGAAACUGAUCACGAAGAAAAUUAUAUAAAACAUAAUGUUGAUUGGUCACAAAUUGAUGGUCCAUUUGAUGUACCAGAGCAAGUUUUUAUAGCAGAAGCAGAGCCUGAAGUUUCAUCAAAGAAAAUGACUAGAGAAGAAAGAAUAAUGAUUCAAAAGGCUAAAAGAGAAGAUGAAGCAAAAGCAAAGGCUGCCCGUGUAGAUUCUGAACUUAUGGUACAUGAAUUGAAAGAUGUCUUAAUACGGAGAAAACCUAAAAGUUCUAAAGAUGAAUUUCAUGAAACUCCUGCAGUAGUAACAGCCAAUUAA